AUGGGUACGAGAGAAAAAGGUUUUGAAAUGCAUCUUCCGAAACCAGAUAAUCAACCGAAGGAGAUUCCCCUGCAAAAAGGAGAUGGCUCUAGUUUCAUACUAAUCUUCGAUCUUCGAGAUUCCCCCACGGAGCGGCUACUCUCCCCAUACAUAGGAAGAGGGGGAAGUCAAGUACCUAGAUCCAAGAUCACGAUAUCCGCUUUGGUGGUAAUAUCCGGCAUAAAAGAAAGCACCAAAGCAAACAAAGUCGAUUCUUUGUUGAGUCAACUGGCAACUGGGAUUGCAGCGGAUCUAGUGGUUCUCCUAUUCUAUGGUCUUGCUGCUGAGAGAGUAAGAAUAGAAAGCAGAAGCUCGCCCGCGGGCGAAAGACAAGGGAUGAUUCUUCUAAGAUACGAACUUGCGGAAGGAAUGAAAAGGUAUUCGACUAAGACGGGGACGGGUAUUCCCGAAGAUGCUUGA